GUCAUGGAUGGGUGGAAGGGGCUCCAUGGCAUGUGUUUCAUGGCUAUGUCGAUGAUGGUUGUGGCAUCAUGUAUGGGUGAUGGCACUCAUGGCAUGUCCCCAUGUGGGGUGGAUGAAUGGAGCAUGGUGAAGCGAGAGGGUCAUCUGUUCAGUCUGAAUGGUUCUCCAUUCUAUGUGAAUGGGUUUAAUGCAUAUUAUUUCAUGUUGUUGGGUACAGAUGCCUCUACUGCACCCUUGGUUGGAAAGGUGCUGGAUGAGGCAGCAAGAGCUGGGCUCAGUGUGGGGAGAACAAUGGCUUUCAAUGAUGGAAAUGGAUCUGAUGCUCUUCAAACCUCUCCUGGUGUGUAUAAUGAGAAUGCCUUCGAGGCAUUGGACAGGGCAAUCGAUGAGGCAAGAAAGAGGAAAAUUAGGUUGAUUUUAAACCUGGUUAAUAAUUGGAAUGAUUAUGGAGGAAAACAGCAGUAUGUUGAGUGGGGAAGGGAAGCAGGAAUUCAAAAUCUGAUCUCUAAUGACUCAUUCUUCAGUCAUCCCACUAUCAAGAAUUACUACAAGAAUCACGUCAAGGCCAUUUUAACAAGGUUCAAUACUUAUAGCAAAGUCAUGUACAAGGACGACCCAACCAUAUUCGCUUGGGAGCUCAUCAACGAAGCUCAAUGCCCUUCUGACCCCUCAGGAAACACUUUGCAGGCCUGGGUUGAAGAGAUGGCAGCAUAUGUGAAAUCAAUAGAUCCCAUCCAUCUAUUGGGGGUAGGAACUGAGGGCUUUUAUGGACCGUCCAACCCUGAUAGAAGUGUGUUCAACCCCAACCAGUUUUCUACCGAAUUGGGCACCGAUUUCAUAAGAAACAAUGCGGCAGUGGGGAUUGACUUUGCUACGGUGCACACUUAUCCGGAUUCAUGGAUUUCCCAGACUGACACCCCUGACUACUUGCCAUUUGUGAAGAACUGGACCAAUAUCCACAUCGAGGAUUCUUUGACACAACUCAACAUGCCGGUGCUCAUUGAGGAGUUUGGGAUCAAUAGCCAUGACUUGGGAUACAACCAAACCUGGCGCCAAAUGAUAAUGGAAGUUGUUUAUGAGGCAAUAUUGGACUCAGCGAAGAACCAAGGGAGUGGAGCAGGAGGCCUGUUUUGGCAGCAACUUACUGAUGAGAUGGAGAAUUUUGCAGAUGGAUAUGAGAUCAUAUUGAACCAAGCUAGUGAUCCUGUUAAUGCAUUGAUUUACAAUCAAUCAAGAGCCAUUAAUGCAGUCCAUAGGGCAAGAUGCAUUUAGCCGUCUAGAGUUUACAUUGGCUUUCUCCUAUGAUUAAUAAACCAUUUGCGACAUUCAGUAA